AUGGACGAGUUCCUCGCCGACUUACGCGAGCUCGACGAGACGCAGGAGCGCGUCGAGGCUGUGAGCGAUGGUAUGACGCGUAUGCAGCGCUCUGGAAACGCGUCUGAGACGAAGGAGAUGGUGCAGAGCUGGAUCCAGAUGCUGCGCGGUAGCGACUUCCAGUCGGAGCGCGUCGCGUUUCUGUACGUGGCCAAUCACGUGCUGCAAAAGACGCUUUUCAGCGAGUCCGAAGGGCCCAAGACGUCGGUGUUUGUCGACCUUUUUCUCGAGCACCUGGAGGAAGCUGUGGCGCUCGUAUGCAACUCCCCGAUGGACCGACAGAACGUCACGAGGCUCUUGGAGCUGUGGCACGAGAAGCAGAUUUUUACUGACGCUCAAGUGCUCAAGAUGUGGCACUGUACAGGCGAAGACCUGCCUCCGUUCUUGGAAGCUGCUAGCAGAGAUGCCGAUGCAAAGCGAGGAGAGAGAAAGGGAAGUGACUCUGUUAUUGCUGAACUGCUGAGCAAUCAAGAGGAUGCAGGGACGGAGCUCCACCACGUGCUGCCGAUGAAACUUAACUCUCACUCGGUUAAUCCAGUGCUGGAUGUACUAAAGAAAAUCGACCAUCACAAGACGGCGGUGCGGUUUUUGAAUCAGCGGAUCGGAGAAAGGCACCAAUCGCUGCUGCAAGAUAGCGUUGCAAGGUACCGUACAGCCGCAGACCUUGUUGCAGACAGAGCGACGGCGUCCUCUACGAUCAAGCAAAGAGUAGAGGAUUGUUUGAGACUGGUGAAAGCGCGCAAUAAAUUCAUUCGUGAAGUGGCAGAUCUAAAGACGCAGCUUUCAGAUGCGAUCGCCAAUAUGAUUGGUUACGAGGAAGAGGCCGCGGCAAAGAUUGAGCAGAAACUUGAGCAAUGUGAUGAGAUUGAUUUGGGUCUCAUGGAUUUAACCGAUCACCAGACAAAGUUUUUUGAAGAGUGGUCGCAUGCUCGUUUCGUGAAUAUGGAGCGUCGAAAGCAGCGUGAAGAAAUCCAGCGUCAGAAAGAUGAGGAAAUUGCCCGCCUGCACCAGGCGGCUAUUGCCGAAAGCGCGAUGCAUGCAAUGAAUCUGGAGGCUGACAUAAAUCACAACUCAACAUCGGAACUGCAGUCGCUGUCGAGGAAGUUCGAGGGCCGGCCACAGGAAAAGGAUGCCAAGGCUGACAACGAAAACGAGCUUGUUUGGAAUCCGAUUCGAAAAGAGUUGGUGCCGCUACGAAGCUUAAACGUGGAUUGGGAGGAUUGGCGAGACCAUUGA